UCCAUUUUCCUCUCUCCAUUUACCCACCUCGCUCCGCACCCUGCUUUCUUCUUCUAGUUCCAUCUCAUUUCGUACUACGCUCCGUUGGUCUCAAGGCCGACAACGUUGAAAACCCUUGCAAGCACAGCGGUUUCGAAGGGACUUCUGUUGUCGACACGAAAUCAAGGGGUUUGGGUGCACAAAUUUCACUUUCUUCUUUGCUUUUCCUGUACACUGAUUCUGUUUCAACUGCGCUGUGGUGCUAUUCUUGUACAGAAACAAUGUUGAUGUUUAAGAUCUCGAGAGUUGAGACGACGCCGAUCGACGGCCAGAAGCCUGGAACUUCCGGUCUCCGCAAGAAGGUGAAAGUUUUUACACAACCUAAUUACUUACACAAUUUUGUUCAAUCCACCUUCUAUGCCCUCACAGAGCAGAAAGUUAGAGGUGCUACGCUUGUUGUUUCUGGUGAUGGGCGCUAUUUCUCAAAGGAUGCCAUUCAGAUAAUAAUUAAGAUGGCAGCUGCAAAUGGGGUAAGACGUGUAUGGGUUGGUCAAAAUGGAUUGCUUUCAACUCCUGCUGUUUCAGCUGUGAUACGUGAAAGAGUUGGUGCAGAUGGAGCCAGAGCAACAGGUGCAUUUAUCUUGACAGCAAGUCACAAUCCAGGUGGUCCUACUGAGGAUUUUGGAAUUAAAUAUAACAUGGAAAAUGGUGGACCUGCUCCAGAGGGUAUCACUGAUAAGAUCUUUGAGAAUACAAAAACUAUAAAGGAGUACCUGAUUGCUGAAGAUCUUCCUAAUGUGGAUAUUAGUUCAAUAGGUGUCACCAGUUUUACAGGCCCUGAGGGACAGUUUGAUGUUGAUGUUUUUGAUUCUGCGAGUGACUAUGUGAAAUUGAUGAAGUCAAUUUUUGACUUUGAGUCUAUCCGGAAGCUGCUUUCAUCUCCAAAGUUUAUGUUCUGCUAUGACGCAUUACAUGGAGUUGCUGGAGCUUAUGCAAAACGUAUUUUUGUGGAAGAGCUUGGUGCACAAGAAAGCUCAUUGUUGAACUGCACACCCAAGGAGGACUUUGGAGGUGGGCAUCCUGAUCCUAAUCUAACUUACGCAAAGGAGUUGGUUGCUCGGAUGGGAUUGGGCAAGUCAAACUCUGCGUAUGAACCACCAGAAUUUGGUGCUGCAGCUGAUGGUGAUGCUGAUCGCAACAUGAUCCUUGGGAAGAGGUUUUUUGUUACUCCAUCAGAUUCAGUUGCCAUUAUUGCUGCCAAUGCUGUUGAAGCAAUACCUUACUUUUCUGCCGGUUUGAAGGGAGUUGCCAGGAGCAUGCCAACUUCAGCAGCAUUAGAUGUUGUUGCCAAGCACUUGAAUUUGAAAUUUUUUGAGGUACCCACCGGCUGGAAAUUUUUUGGCAAUUUAAUGGAUGCUGGAUUAUGUUCAAUUUGUGGAGAAGAAAGUUUUGGAACUGGAUCGGACCACAUACGUGAGAAAGAUGGAAUCUGGGCAGUUCUGGCUUGGCUUUCUAUCCUUGCAUACAAAAAUAAGGAAAAUCUGAAUGGGAACAAGCUUGUGACUGUUGAGGAUAUAGUUCGUAAGCAUUGGGCCACCUAUGGUCGCCAUUAUUAUACUCGAUAUGACUAUGAGAAUGUGGAUGCAGGUGCAGCAAAGGAAUUAAUGGCAUAUCUUAUCAAAUUACAAUCAUCCCUUUCUGAAGUUAAUCAGAUUGUGAAAGGGGUACGUUCAGAUGUGGCAAACGUGGUUCAUGCUGACGAAUUUGAAUACAAAGACCCAGUUGAUGGUUCCAUCUCAAAGCACCAGGGUAUUCGAUAUUUGUUUGAAGACGGGUCUCGAUUGAUCUUCCGCCUUUCUGGAACUGGCUCAGAAGGUGCAACCGUCCGUCUCUACAUUGAGCAGUAUGAGAAGGAUCCUUCGAAAACUGGGAGAGAUUCCCAAGACGCUCUUGCUCCUCUUGUGGAUGUUGCUCUGAAGCUCUCAAAGAUGCAGGAGUUUACCGGCCGAUCUGCCCCUACUGUUAUCACAUAGACGCAUGCUGUUGAAGCAAAUGGGAAUUGCCUAUUUCAGUCACUGUAUUAUCAUUUCAGAGCAGACAUGAAAGGCUAAUAAUGUCAUGGGGUUGGGUCAAUAGCCCAUACAUGUUUUGUCUUCUUGCUUACUUGUUGAGGUACAUGACGGUUUGAGUUUCGAAAUAAUUUGAAUGUGCUGAUAUUGCUUGUUAUCAAUGUUAAGCUUUGCUUCAUCUCUGAUGUGUUGACAAACGUGCACCAAGUCAUCUUGUAUUUUGUUCGACUAAUCAGUGGAUUUGGAUUUUCAAACUGCCAAAACUUGAAGCAACAUUAGAUACAACGCUGUGUUCGAGAACAAACCCUAAGGCUACCUGCUUGUAGUUGGAUAUGAAAGGUUCACUGUUAUGAUUCUUCCAUUUUGGACACAAUGCUACACUUCACUUUGACAAAUGGAUAAAUAAAA